AUGAUAACCGGUCCGAGCGCUGGGAACCGGACUAGAGGUGAAGGCCCGCCGCUGGUAGCCGGGGCAAUGGUGGACUCAGGUGUCGGGAGGAGGGCGGAGCCCGGGAGGAGGUGUCCGGGAACGGUAACGGACCCGGGCGUCGGGAACCGAACGAGAGGCGAAAGGCCCGCCUUCGUGAGCCGGGGCAAUGGUGGGCUCGGGAGGAGGACGGAGCCCGGGAGCCGGGGUCCGGAAACGAUAACGGGCUCGGGCGCCAGGAACCGAAUGAGAGGUGAAGGCCCGCCGUCGGGAGCCGGGGCAACCGGUGGACCCGGGUGA